AUGUUCAGCGGUAAAUGCACGAGUGCCGCCAGAUUGGACGGCAAGACCGCCAUCGUUACCGGUUCGAACACGGGCAUCGGCAAAGUCACGGCCAAAGAAUUCUACAGAAUCGGUGCUAAGGUUAUUGUGGCAUGCAGGGACGUUAAAAAAGCGGAACAAGCUGUGACGGAAAUAGUGGCGGACGUAAAGGGCGAUAAUCUAGGACAACUGGUCGUAGAGGAAUUGGAUUUGGCGUCUUUCGCUUCGAUUAAACGCUGUGCAAAAAGCAUUUUGCAAAAAGAAAAACAUAUUCAUCUGUUAGUGAACAAUGCCGGGGUAAUGGCGUGCCCAAAGGGUAAAACCCAAGACGGUUUUGAAACCCAAUUUGGAGUGAAUCACUUGGGACACUUUCUAUUCACAUCGCUACUAUUGCCAAGAAUCCGAAAUUCAACGCCAGCUCGCAUCGUUAACGUUUCAUCGAUGGCUCACACAAGAGGUGUGAUUAAUUUUGAUGACAUAAACUCCGAUACAAAUUACUCGGCCAUGGUAGCUUACGGUCAAAGUAAACUUGCCAAUGUGCUGUUUUCUAAGGAACUGGCACAAAGGCUUGAAGGUUCCGGAGUACACGUGUACAGUCUACAUCCUGGCCUUGUACUCACUGAAUUAGGUAGAACUAUCGACCAAGUAUACUUUCCGGGAAUGCGAUUCCUGGCUCGUUUCAUCCUCUAUCCAUGGAUGAAAACUCCGGAACAAGGAGCUCAGACUACUUUGCAUUGUUCGAUAGAUGAAAAAGCUGGAGAAGAAAACGGUCUCUAUUACAGUGAUUGUAAGGUGAAAGAACCGUCCGCGGCAGCCAAAGACCCAGAAUUGGCCAAAAAACUUUGGGAAAAAAGUAUAGAGAUGGCAGGUUUGAAGGAUUACGACAUGUUCAACUGCGAUGACACGCUGCCCGAACCCCUAAAAGACGUCUGA